ACCGGAAGUGCUGGUGCUCGGCCUUUUCCGUCUGGACUGGGCCUGCGAGCGGCUGGCGUGCUCCGGUCUGUCGGAGCUAACCGCUGCUUGGCGGGCCUCCGAGGCCCGGCACAAGCCCCAGCCGAGCGAAGAUGGUGGGCCGGAACAGUGCCAUCGCCGCGGGCGUGUGCGGUGCCCUUUUCAUCGGGUACUGCAUCUACUUUGACCGCAAAAGGCGGAGUGACCCCAACUUCAAGAACAGGCUUCGAGAACGAAGAAAGAAACAGAAACUUGCUAAGGAAAGAGCUGGGCUUUCCAAGUUGCCUGAUUUAAAAGAUGCUGAAGCUGUUCAAAAAUUCUUUCUUGAAGAGAUACAGCUUGGUGAAGAGUUGCUAGCACAAGGUGAAUAUGAGAAGGGUGUAGACCACCUGACAAAUGCAAUUGCUGUGUGUGGACAGCCUCAGCAGCUGCUGCAAGUGUUACAGCAGACUCUUCCGCCGCCAGUGUUCCAGAUGCUUCUGACCAAGCUUCCAACCAUUAGUCAGAGAAUUGUAAGUGCUCAGAGCUUGGCUGAAGAUGAUGUGGAAUGAGCCAGAUAUCAACACGAUAAAAUCUCAGUUAAAAAUGAUUUAACCAUUAGCUUGGAAGCUGAUCGGCUCUGGGGGAAUAAGGGCAAAUAUGCUUGUCAUGAACUGUCCUACACUGAAGUCUACCAAAGUGAAUGUGUACUUUGAGUAGAUCCAUUGUCUGUUCUAUUUAUUUUUUCCAGUGAAAAGUAUUUUGAUAGAACCUUUCAUUUUAUAAAUACACUGAGUUAACCAAAAUAUCAUGUAUUUCGUUUAUUCUUAAGACACGGAAUUCAGAUGUACAUACAGCAGAGUUAUUACUUGGGUAAAAACUCUCAGUGAUGAAUUUUUAAAGAUUGGAAGAGAGUAUGAAGGAUAGUUGAAUAAUGCCCAUUUUUAAACACUAAUACAUUUUACUGUAAAUCAUAAAAUUGGAUAGAAACUUGUUUGUGAAAACUGAGCAUUAAAAUCUUGCAGAGACGGUUUCUUUCUCUUUACUCUUGAACAUGUGAAGUGUGCCGUUGAACUCUUACGAUUCCGUUCUCUCCUAUGUUUCCUUAAAAGCUUCAGUCUAUAUCAGUGGCUUAAUGUCCUGGGCACUAACUCCAGUAUUUCAAGCACCUGGCUGCAGACAGCAUCAGGACUUUUACCUAGGUUUGCCUGCUCACUCUGCUCUUCACAGACUGAGAGGACCAGUCUGCUCAUCUCUUGUGUGGAAUUCAGUUUGUUCUGUUGAGCGUCUUCAGGACUAUAUCCAGCUGAUGGCCAGUGAUUACUUUAGAACAACCAGGCCUUGCACCUGUUUAUAUUCUGAGUUUGCAUGUUUGCCUGACUUGGUAUUCUCAAUUAAACCUCGAAGUGGAAUAACUUCUUUGUCAGUUGUUACUGGUGUGGAGUGUGUAAACUAACCAGAAACUUGUCAUUAAGGCAGUUGUGAAAGUAUUGAUUCCUUUUUGCUUUUAACAGUGUAUCUCUUCAGUCCUCCUGUGAAUUAAUUUAUCUUGUACAGUGACAGUGGAGUGUCAUCUUGACUGGAGACUGGCUGAAGCAGGUGGGACUCUCAGAUAGCGACACAUCACCUGGUGACAUGACAUGAAUUGUGAAGACCUUGUGGUCUGUGCUGGCAUCUAUUCACCGAGCAGCAUUUUCAUGGGGCAGCUCAUUUGCCUCCAUGCCCUAGACUUGUUUUGGCUUUGCUCGCCUUUUUCUGAUAAUAUAGUAGGAAGAAUCAGGCUUUACCUGCCUCUGGUUGGUGUGUGGAUAGCAGCUUUGAACAGCUUCCUCACAUAGGAAGCUUGCUCUGGCACACUUUGAGACCUUUUAUGGGCCCUUUCUAGGCCUUGAUCCUGAACCCUUAAACAGUACUUGUUAGGUAUGCAUGUUUGGGGGUGUGAUGCUACAGAUAAAGUAAAAAGGCUGGCUGAAUUUUGCUGUAGGCCUUCCAAUCUAAGCAUCAUAAUGGUGAUUAGUCAGAGACUGACUGCACUGCCAAGAGUCCUGAUGCAGCCCGGAUAUGGAUAAGGACCAGAGAGAGAAUGGAGAUAACAAAGUGAGUGGUGGGGCACUGCUUGGAGAGGUGUUCUGCAGUGUGCACUGCGUGGCCUGGCUCCUGGCUGAUUAGGACAAGACUUAAGUGGCAAGUGACAAAUGAACACUAGCUGUGUUUGUGGACGUCUACUUUCCUCCACAGAAACCAGUGCUGAACACUGUUUCUUCUCCCCUCAAGUUAAACAGAUGGAACCAGGAAGUCUUUGUGCUGGUCAGUUGAUGUCAGAAGGCAAGACUAACACUCAAGUAGUGUAAAAACAGCUUAAGUGUUGCCAGGGAUUGUUGGCAUGUUGCCUUGAGCAAAGGUGUACUGUUGGAUGCCACUGUUUUUCCUAAGUGAAAUCACUAUAAGUAGAGCUGCCUGGAAAUGUGCAAAUACCCUUAAUAGCAUAAUGAGCAUACUUGGGCAAAGUCCAGGUAUUGUGUUCCUUUUUAUCUCCAUCAAGUUUUGUAUUUCUACCAACCAUUGGCCACUUGCCUUCAUGUCCUUGAACCAACCUGUGGACCUUAGUAUCAAACUAAAUAUUAAUGCUGAAAACAUGGUGGGGAAUUUGGUGUAUGAUGUUGACAACAAAUCUGACCCAAAAAAUGAAGUGUUUAUUUCUUGUGCCUCAGCUCUAUUAAAGGGUUUGGAGAACA